AUGAAAGCUCUCAUCACACCUAAACAAUUCACAAAAGAAGAUGUCAAGAAUCUUCUUGAUCAAUAUUCUGAAGAAGAAUGUGUUAUGUUUGAUUCAGCUUCUAUUGCUGAAAACAUUAUUGAGUACACUUUUGUUAACAACUGGAAGAAGUUUGCUUCUGUUAAGUUGCAGAGAUUCAUCAGGAAACGUUUAACGUAUACUUACAUUAUUGACUUCCUUUCAGAACUUUUGCAAUCACAAAUAGAUGUUAUUAGUACUGUUCUUCAGUAUGAAUCUGCUACAAUCACUAAGGAUGAAAAUCUGAAACAUAUUCUCGCAGAAGAAAUGCUUGUAGUUAUAGAUGAUAAUUUAGCAUUAAUGGAAGAAUUUUAU